UAUAUUAUUUGUGUGCCACUUUCUUUGUCUUAAAUUCACAACAAUAAAAUAUCAAUAGAAUCUUUUAACCAUGAAAUCAACAUAAAAAUUGUGAGCCAAAUUAUUCCCUAAUACAGUAUAUAAAAACAUAAAAUUAUAACUUCCAGGGCCAAAAUAAUAGCCAACUUUAUUUAAACCUAGCUUCCAAAGGUUCUGUAAAGAGGAUGGUUUUUAACCUGCUUUCAGUUUACCAAUAAGAAAAGAACACCUUCUUCAAUUAUGAUCCAGGAUAAGAGAAUGCCAAAGGACCAAAAGCUUGCUCCCUGGACAGCAGUCUGAUAAUGUUGAAUGAAAAGUAUUGAUCCCUUUGAAAUAUUGAUUACUUUGACUCAUCACUCUUUCAUGUGUGGGAUGUGCCUCCUCUAAAAACAGAUCUUGGGAACUGAGCUAGAGGAAAUCCUUUUCCUUCUCAUUUAUUAUUAUGAAAACCCAUUAAUAAAAAUGAGACAUAGUACCUUCACAAUGUUAUUUGCAUUGUUAGGGAUUCUGAAAAUUCCUAACUGUGGUCCCCAUUAUGUCAUCUCCUCCUAGCCCAAUGUUUUCCAGAUGCAUUAGCAUAUAGUUUCCAGAAUAGAAAAUGGUACAGUAUUGUCAGUUAUACUUCAAUAAUUUCCCUGUUGUUUAUAUGAAUUCAUCUCCCCUUGAUUAUCAAAAAGACUUUUAUUUUCAGGUUUCCAACAUCCCAACCAGUCCCCCCCCAAUUUUGGUUUUCUCCCUCAAAUUUUGUAAAUAAAUAUGGUGUGUGGCAGCUUCUAGCUGACAUUGGUUGCUCUUAAAAGCCAUAUAGGAUUGGUUUGGCUAGUGAUGAGAUGAGACAGUACCUGUGAAUUCCAGGACAACUGGCUAAAUUAAAAAAUCAAACAAAUAAGAAUCUCUGAAGAAGAUAAGGGCAAAUCUAUAAAUGCCACGAAAACUGCAUAGGAACAAUUAUUAGAAGUUGAGAUCAACUUGAGGUAUUUUCACCUUUUAAGAUAUUAGAUUACUCUAGAAGGAAAAGAAUAUUGUUUCUUUUCAAGCAUGUAAAUAAAUCAAGAUAAGUAAAACUAUUUAAAGAAAUUUUGAUCCCCAGAUGAUGGACGGUGUGUAUGAGGAAAGCAAAAGGAUUAAAAUGAUCAAAUCUAAAUACAUUUAAACUAGUCAAUAAAUACAGUUUUCUUCAAUUCGAUGAUUUCCAGCUAGAAAAACACAGUCUUUUAGCUGAUCUCAAUUCUUAAGGCUUCAUGGGCUCAUCUAUGCAGUUUUGCUUUUUCUGGGAUGUUUUUCAUCUUCCUGAUCUAGUCUACAUCUAUGGAAUUUGCUGGUAGUCUCUGUCCAAGUGCUAAGUCUCAAUCUCUUAGGUUCCCUAUCCAGACAAGAUCUCCCAUUUUUCUUAGUAAAUCCUUGGUGUGUAUGGAUGACAGACAUUGAAGGGCAUCAUGUAAGGAUUGGCUGAAUCUGGAGCCUUCUCAUACCAUAAAGGAUUACUAUAAGAGUGACACAACCUAAGCAGACUUUUAAUUUUAUUUGGAAUAAAAUAAACUUUCUUGUCAGUUCUUGUGCUCAGCAUGAAUAAAGUAAUAAUAGUUUCCCACCCUUAUCUCCAAGGCACUAUUGUAAUUUUUUCUUCUUCUUUUCAAUUGUGUCUAAUUCUCAGAGAGUGCCUCAAAAAGUCCCUGGUUUUCUUAAUAAGGUUUUUCAGAAGUUAUUUGCUAUUGCCUUCUUUCUAGGGCUGGGAGGGAGUGACUGGUCCAAGGUCACCCAACUGGCUUUGUGCCAAAUCAGGACUAGAACUCAUGUUUCCAAGUUUCUAGCCUGGUGUGCCUUAAUCACUACAUCAAAGUGGCUCUAUGAAUUUCUUUAGCUUUAAUUUAAUAAAAUAAUUGUUUUUGCACAAAUAACCUGGUUAGCAAACUGUUUCCCGACUCUCUGGAUUUCCCUUUCCACAACACAGCAAGUCACGGAAAAGAAAAUAUUUAUCACUGUUCCAUAUAACUAGUAAAUAUAAGUACAGAAAGAGCUAAGUGAUGACAGGCUUCGAGAAUCUCCUUUGCCUGUCACCAACGAUGGGACGGCAAACUCCAGGAUGCUGCUCACUUUAGAUUUUUUGUCUCCGAGAGUCAGAAGGAGCGAAUCAGCAUGAAAAAACAAAGCGCGGGGACCUGAAGUUGCCGCCUGAAACAGAGAAAGUUGAGUUCCCAGAGCCUGGCAAGGGCGGGGAAAGGCGGAGUUCCGGAGUGAGGGCGGACGAAGUGCUUGGUCUGGCCUCGAGCGAAGUUCUCUGACUGAGCCAAAUCUCCCCGCGCGGCCAUGGGUUCCGUCACCUCAGCAUUCACCCGCUCGCGCAACACAGUGGUGCAGCUGACCUCGGAACCGGCAGCUCCUCCACGGGUCGCCUCUAGAAAGCCGCGAACCUUUAAAAGCCGGACCAAAGCGAUGACGGCCGCAACUGUAGAAGCGCCUGUUCGCAAACUCCCACCUGUUUCCGGCGCCUGGGAAGGGAGCGGCAGGCCUGACCCAGCCGCGGCUGAAGUGCUCCAGGAGUUGUCCAACGUGCUGAAGUGCUCGGAAAGCGAAGGAAAAGUCCCUGGGCUAGUUUUGCCCCCUCCCCGUCGGAAUCGCAGCGCCUUUGCAAAUGAAACCGGAGACAAGAAUGCUCAUCCCCUGUCGCGAUUUGCUAGAUCAAAAUCUCAGAGCUGCCUAUGGAACACCAUUAUUGGUGGACUUACAGGAAACAUCAAGGAGAAACAGAAACCAAUGAUCAUCCAUGAUCCAAGACCUCCUGAGGAAAUCUUGGCAGAUGAGCUGCCCCCAGUGGAAAGUCCUGAUGCACUAGUGAAAACUUCAUUCAGGAGAAAAUAUAAGAAAACAUCACAGAGAUUACGAUCUUUGGUAAAACAACUGGAGAGGGGAGAGGCUUCUGUGGUUGAUCUAAAAAAGAACCUGGAAUAUGCAGCUACUGUGUUGGAAUCUGUAUACAUUGAUGAAACUAGGCGCCUCUUGGACACAGAAGAUGAGCUUAGUGAUAUCCAGUCUGACUCUGUGCCUUCAGAGGUACGCGACUGGCUGGCUUCUACUUUCACCCGACAAAUGGGUAUGAUGCUAAGAAGAAGUGAAGAAAAGCCACGAUUCAGAAGCAUUGUUCAUGCAGUUCAAGCGGGAAUAUUUGUUGAGAGAAUGUACCGGCGUACAUCCAAUAUGGUUGGACUUAGCUAUCCCCCAGCUGUAAUCGUAGCACUAAAGAAUGUAGACAAGUGGUCAUUUGAUGUAUUUGCAUUAAAUGAUGCUAGUGGGGAUCAUGCACUAAAAUUUAUUUUCUAUGAACUGCUCACACGCUAUGAUUUGAUCAGUCGUUUCAAGAUUCCAAUUUCUGCUCUUGUCUCCUUUGUGGAAGCUCUGGAAGUUGGCUAUAGCAAGUAUAAAAAUCCAUACCACAAUCUAAUGCAUGCAGCAGACGUCACACAGACUGUUCAUUACCUCCUUUUUAAGACAGGUGUAGCACACUGGUUAACAGAACUGGAGAUUUUUGCUAUGAUUUUUGCAGCUGCUAUCCAUGACUAUGAGCACACUGGAACUACAAACAACUUUCAUAUUCAAACAAGAUCAGAUACAGCCAUUCUGUACAAUGAUCGAUCUGUGUUAGAAAAUCAUCACCUCAGUGCAGCAUUUCGACUUUUGCAAGAUGAUGAGGAGAUGAACAUUUUGUCUAACCUCUCCAAAGAUGAUUGGAGAGAAUUUAGGACUCUAGUGAUUGAGAUGGUGCUGGCUACAGAUAUGUCCUGUCACUUUCAGCAAAUCAAGGCCAUGAAGAAUGCAUUGCAGCAGCCAGAAGGAAUUGACAAACCAAAAGCCUUAUCCCUGAUGUUACACACAGCUGACAUCAGUCAUCCUGCCAAGGCAUGGAACCUCCAUCAUCGCUGGACCAUGUCACUGUUAGAAGAAUUUUUCAGACAGGGUGACAAAGAAGCAGAAUUAGGCCUUCCCUUUUCCCCUCUGUGUGAUCGUAAAUCUACUAUGGUCCCUCAAUCUCAAAUAGGCUUUAUUGAUUUUAUUGUGGAACCCACUUUCACUGUGCUAACUGAUAUGACUGAGAAGAUUGUAACACCUCUCAUUGAGGAAGCCUCUAACUCUGGUAUGACAGGAUUUAGGCGAUCCAGUCUGAAUAGCCUUAGCCCAUCAGAAGUCAAAAGAUCAAGUGUCAAGAGCACUGGGUCAGAAGGAAGUGCCUCACUCAACUGUUCCAUCCUCACUGUGGACUUCAAAUGUUUCAAAGCCACAUGGACAGAAGUAGUUCAACAAAACCGAGAAAAGUGGAAAACCCAAGCAAUCAAAGAAGAAAAAGCAAAGAAAGAAGCAGAGGAGAAUUCUCAACAGGGUAUAGAUGACAAGAAAAUGGAAGAAAAUGAAGGAAAAAAACUACCUGAGGAUAACAUUACCACAAAGUCAGAGAAAAGUAAACAAGGGAAUAAAGAGGGGAGUUCUGGCGAUAGUAAGAGCACCGAAAUCAAUAAAAGUAAUAUAAAUGGGAGUCGCCCAACUGGUGGUAACAAACAUGGAACUUCUCAAGGAAAAAAUGUAAAUGAGAUGGAAAAGGGGGCAGAGUCAAAAUCAACCGGCGGAGAGUCAAAACAGCAGGCACAGAAUGAUGAAUUAAAGGAUCAUAGUAAGAAGUCAGAAAAGGAUCAGGGAAAUGAGACAAAGGAGGAUGCAGAAGAGUAAAAAACAAAACAAAACACAUAUAUAAUCAAAAAGGGACUUCAAAUUUCUUUCAUCAUUUUAAUUCAUCUUCACUCUCCUACUCCCUCCACAAAGGCCAAUUUCUGAAGGGCCUUAUGCAGCUUUCCAAGCCUCAACUUCUGUCCGCCUCCCACUAGCAACUUCGCAUUAAUGGCUGGGAGGUGGGCAUAUCCUACAAGAUUUUUUUCCACUUAAGGUGGAAAAAUAAAUGAAUUCCCUCUAGCAAAAUGACUACUCUUUUGGGACUUGCAGAACAAGCAGAGGUGAUGGUCACAUGAGUGCCAGCUUGCGAACAAUAUUCUGAGGUGAUGAAGCAGAGAACUGACACAUUCAUGGAAAAAAAAGCCUUGAAAACCAUUGUUAUUUUAAUGACCAAAGAAAGGGGGGAAAGAAGAAGAAGAAGAGGCAUUGAACUGUCUAUCAAUAUGAGCAAUGAAUGGGUUUUGUUUUGUUUUUUUACAAAAAGAAAUCUGGUUAUUUUACCAAUAAGUGAAUUAUUGAAUUCCUAGACAGCUUUAUAGUUAUUUUUUUAAAAGUCUGUAGAUUUCAUUUGCUUAAUAUUUGGUUUCUACUUUGAAUGCCAUUUAUUUGGUUCAUCAUUUUGUUUUUUGGCACUUAUUGAUGAAAGAAUGUUUCCGAAACAGUGAAUGUGCUGUCUGCUUGUCUUCUGAACAACUCAUUCUUUUUUUUUUUUUUUAAAAAAGGCUACAUCUGCCCUUUAAAUUGAUUUGAAUAACACUAAAAAUGGUAAUGUCUUCUUCAAAUUGAGUUCAACUCCCAAAUCUAGGGUAUCCUCAGGGAACUGUCAAAAAAGUAAAAAUGGCAGAUUAAGUCUUGAAAUUGAAACCCUGCCCUUCUUUACAGGUGGUACAUGUGUGAUGCAUGUAAAAAAAAAAAAAAGAGCAGAGCUUCAAUCAUGCAAUCACAUUCGACCUUUUCAUCCCCUCAUGGACACUCCUGAACAUGUCUCAGUAAUAUUCUUAGCAACUUGAAUUUUUUCAUUUAUACUUGUGCAAUAGCCUUCUGUUGCUGAAUGAGCUAUGAGGAAACUGAAUUGGCCAAUACUGUGUAUCAAACAGGAUGCAAUAUCAAUUUUAUAUCAGUCAGAUUUAACAGGCUUGGUUUAUCUGUUUGCCUCCAAAUAAUAAACAAGGGCAAGUGGGAAGCCUCGCCUAGGCAUCUAAGGUUUCUGGAUGAUGCAGCACAACUACUAGUCCCCUUUUAUGCAGAGACAAUACACGUAUUCAUUAUGUGUAUUCCUAAUUACAAAGCUGACAUAAACCUUUGCUAGUAGAAUAGCAGAAUUCUCAAAAUAAGCACUCAUUUUUUUUCUUUUGCAUUAGUGUAACCAAGAUACUUCCCUUUAAUAAAUAGCUAGACAUAGUGCUUCAGUUUUGAUUUGCCACUUAGUGACCAUCUGAAGUUAUGGUAAACCAAAAGGUACUUAUGAAUCAGUUCUGAAAUUCUGAUGGCUAUUACCCCAUGGUUACAUGACUAGUUUGGGCACUCAGCAAGUGGCCCCUAUUUACAGAGGUUUGCAGUGUCCCAUGAUCAUGGGACAGCAAUUUAUAAUGGUUUUGCCAAAACCUGGUGUUUACUUUUAUCUUUGGGCAAAAACACCUCAUAGCAAUGACUGUGGCAUUCACUUAAUGACCAUGAUGAUUCACUUAACAACUGUCACAAAAAAGAUCGUAAAAUUGGAUUGGCCAUGUCAGUUUACGCAGGCUCCAGUCAAAGACAACCUGUACUGCAUGAUGAUCCUUAAAAAAGGACACAUGAGGAUUCAGAAAUAGAAAAUUAUGAAAUUAUGGCUAGGAUAAUGAUUUGCUGUAUGUCCUGAUCCCUGUAUUUUUUCAGUGGUAAUGUGGAUAGGAAUGCAAACCUAUUUGAUUUUUAAACUGUUUGAUUGAAUUGUCAUAUUUUUCUCAAAAUAACACCAGUCAUUUUAUAGAAUUCUUCUGUCUGACCACACUCACCAAUUUCUCAUUCUAGACCCGUAUGUAUUUUUGAUAAAGUGAUUUAUAGUUCUAAAUAUUUUUUCACUAAAGCUCAGGUUAAAAAACAUAUGACUUUCUUUUUCAUCCUGGUUUCAGAAAAAAACUAUAAUAAGGCCAUCUAAAUACAUAUGUAUUUUAAUUUAUUAUUAUUUAUUAAAACUUUAUGCUGCCUAUCUCCCCUAUAAGGUGACUCUGUGUGUGACCACAGUUUAUAUAUAUCUACUUUGUAUUAAAAACAAUUCCAAUUGGCCUAGGGCAAAUUAUUUUUCAUAGUAAAAUUAAUUUCAUAUUGUGUGUGUUGGUAUGUGUGUGUUUCUCCACGUUUAACAGAAUUUGUCUAGUUUUGUGCAAGAACCUUUUAGCCUUACUUCCAUUUCUCAAUAUGGGAAUAAUAUUGCGAUGUUGUCCUAUAUUUUAUGGGUAUUUUAAAGCUAAGUAUCAAAUACUAUUGUCACACAAUAGUUUACAAAAUGCAAUUUUACUGUGCUCUGUGUUUCUAGCAGGUGGGGGGGGGGAACAAAAUAUUGAAUUUAAAUAGCAGAUACGAAGUACAGGAAAACCACAGAGGUUUAGUUUAGGGACUGGCAAUCCAGAAUAAGACAGCUUCAUUCUUCAGUCUCCCGAGGAACAGACUUAUAGCCAACACAUUUCAGAAUAGAACAAUUGGAAAGAAUCAGUUUCUAGAACAUGGUGUGCUUAAGAGGUGGAAGCCACCUCUUAAUAAUUUUAAACAAAUACAGUCCUUAAACAAAUACACCCCAUCAUUGGUGUAUUUCUGGAGAAGGAAAAUAUUACUUAAAGUUCAUUCUGAUUAGCAGAUGUCAACUUAGCAUCUUCUGGAAGCAUAUAUAUAUAAAUUUGGUAGCAUUAGGAUUUUGAACAGAAUUCAGAUUAAUUGCAAAUAUUGUUCUACCAGUUUGUGACAUUAUUUUCCUCCUCUAUGAAAUGAAAAUAAUACAUGUGUACUUUUUAACACAAAACCCAAGGACUCUUCACAUCAAAUAUGACAACAAUUGGGCCCAUUUUUAAUUUAGCCAGUAACUAUUCUACUGGUUUUGAAAUUGCAAUCACAAAUAGUUAUACUAGGUAAUGCACACAUAUGGAUAGUGGGAUCCAAAGGCAAAAGGGUGGUUCAGAGGGCAUGCCACUUCUCUGCAACUUAUUAAAGUGUUUCCCUGGGUAGUUGUGUUUGCAGAGGGCGUCCAUGUGAUCACAAGAAAAGAUGCAGCCUUUUCAAGUGUUGUGGACAGUUAUUGUGUGCUCUGAGGCAUAUUUUUUUCUUUAUGUCUGAAAUGUUGCAUAGCCUAAAUGUGCAAACUUCUUUAAUUGUGUGCAAUCUAACUUUAAAAUGUCUUAUAGAAUUUUAUGGGACUUACUCCCAAAUAAGUGGCGGUAGAAUUGCAGUUUCUCAGGAUGCAUUUUCCUGUCAAGAAUGGGCAGGAUCUGUGGUUACAAAGAAACUCCUCAUUGCAUUUAUUACUAAAAAAAAAAAAAAGA